GAAAAGCUUACCAGUUACCACAUUCACCUUACAACCCUUUCACGAGACUAACGUGCACUCCUCUAAUUUUCAUAUAAGCACCAACCCCACCACACUAGUCUUUUGUUCACUGUAAUUCAACACCCUUACUCCAAUGGCCGAGACACGAGAUGGUGAUAGCACAUCUGGAAAUCGACGUAAAGGCAGGGGAAAGCGUACUAUGGCAACGGUAGAGGCAGAGCCAGUGGUAGCAGCAAUGGCUCCAUGUGGGGCAUGCAAGUUUUUGAGGAGGAAGUGCAUUAAUGGGUGUAUCUUUGCUCCCCACUUUGGCUCGGACCAAGGAGCAGCUCGGUUUGCAGCUGUGCACAAGGUAUUUGGUGCAAGUAACGUAUCAAAGCUCUUGUUGCAUAUACCAGUGCACCAAAGACACGAUGCUGUGGUUACAAUAUCAUAUGAAGCUCAGGCCAGGUUGUCCGACCCAGUUUAUGGUUGUGUGUCCACUGUACUUGCUUUACAACAGCAGGUGGCAUCUCUGCAAGCCGAGCUGGCUAUGGUGCAAACACAACUUAUAAACAGUAGGUUUGCAUUCGCAAAUUCCCUUCAGAACUCGCAACAACAACAGCGGCAAAACAUUGCAGUGCUGCAACCAGCGUAUUCUAACAACUCUUCUGCUUCCAAUAACCUCAUCAGCAUGAGUGCCUUCACCUCAAAUUUCGACAUUGUAGCAGAGACUGCACCAUCCCCACACAGCUUAGAGCCUUUGCAGCUUUCAAGACCGUCCCAAGAUGAGGAAGAAGACGAGGAAGAGAGUCACAUUCCGCAUGUGUUUGGCAAUGAGAUACUACAUCGGAGUUGACUUCCACAAUUAUCUUUUUGCUUAUUAUAGCUCCUUGCACUCACACACACAUAUUCAUGCACAAUUACCUGCUUUUAUGAUAAUGCCAUGUUAGCUAAUUGGUGCAUCUUAGAACUGUCAACAUUUUCAUUGGGAAAAGCAAAAAAAAAAAAAAAAAAAAAAAUUUACAUGUUG